GACUGGGGUACGUGUGUCACAGCGGCAAGAGUGCCAGCGCCCACAAAGACCCGAGGACCUGUCAGCUCCUCUCUUUGACCAAGCAGAUAGAAUAGCCAACCAGCAAAGCACAGUAAGCCAGUGCCUCUGCAUGAGAUCAUCUGCUGGUUAACACACAAGAAAAAAUAACUAUUUAGACCAGAGCCCUAGCUUUUCUUGAGAAGCUGGAAUUUGAAGGAGCUAUUCUGAGAUCUGGGCUCCUAGCAAGUGACUGAUAACAUUAUAGACUGGAUCGGUCGCUGAAUUGAGAGACUGAGUUGUAAUUGAGUGAAAAAUAGACAACGAAAUCUUGAAGAAUUGCACGGAGGUGCAAGCUGAAUUGAACUCUCUUCAAGUAAUAGAAGUCGGACUUAAGAGACUGCUAAACCAGACCUGUGAUAGGACAGAUUAUUUGAGUGUCUCUGUCAUUGUUUCUUCUUACUGUUACGUUGCUUUCUGUGUUGUCACUCUGGCCCAAAUGUUCUCAGAUAAUUCACAUUGCCCUGACUGUGGACAACAGUGGUUCCCUAGUUUAGAACUAGGCCAUUGGUUGUACCAAACUGAACUUAUUGAAAAUGAAUGUUACCAAGUAUUCUUAGACCGUAUUAACAGAGCUGAUUAUUGCCCUGAGUGUUAUCCUGAUAAUCCUGCUAAUAGAAGCCUCGUUCUUCCUUGGUCUUUUCCACUUGAGUGGGCUCCCCAAAAUCUUACCAGGUGGACCUUUGAAAAAGCUUGCCACCCAUUUCUUCUGGGUCCUCCGCUGGUUAGAAAGCGGAUACACGACUCCAGGAUAGCUGGUUUUAAUCCGGCGUUACAGUUAAUUUUGACCAGAACAGAUACAACCUUAAACAAAAAACUUGGCCAAAGCAAAUAACUUCUUAAACUGUCAAAAUCAUGGAGACGCUAGAGGAUUUUGUACUAGUAAUCCAAGGAAGAUGGAAACAAAAAAUGAUUUCUUUUAAAUCUGAUCCAGACUGUUACUACUUUGGGAAACUGCUUAAAUUGUUGGAUCUGCUAUUGUAGUCUACACCUAUUUUCUCAGCAUGAAUUCAGUCAGUGUUCCGGCCAGACUGUUCAUCUAGAACCAGAGUAUUUCAUGUCUCCUGCCUAUGUUUUGGAAUUAACUUACCCCUCCUAAAAAGCUCCACAACCUAAUUAUUGACAUAGGACAAGUAGUCCUGGAGGGGAUGCCCUAUACUGUGUAUAUCAUAUUUCUAGUGAUAGCUUCUAAGGGAAAGCAUCUUCAUUGUAGCUGGAUUCUAGAUUGUUUUGGUAAAAGAACUAACAUUUUAAUAAGAAACUACAUUGUUCUAAAUUCCACCUCAUAUAUUAAUCAAUGAUUUUAUAUAUAAUUUAUUCAUAUAUAGUCAUAUAUUCGUCAUUGGCUCUAUUUGGCCUCAGUGUGGCUUUGACAUUAUUGAUAACUGGUCACCUUCAGAGAAAUGACAUUCUAUCAGACAACAUGUACAUAGGUUACACAAAAACAUGCAGAAAUGGCCCUGGCCGGUGUGGCUCAGUUGGUUGAGCAUUGUUCGGUGCGCCGGGAGGUCGCUGGUU